AUGGGACUCUGCAGCUCGAGGCAAGUCGUCGAGGAGGAGGACGUGGCGGCGCGCGCCGCCCCGGUCAACAAGCCCGAGGAGAUCCUCAAGGGCACAGUGGAGUCUGCGAUCGACAAGUUGGAGGUAAUCGCCAAGACCGACCUCGACAAGGAUGGCGAUAUUGCUGACGUUCCAAUCGUCUCAGAGGCUCCGCAGGAGGCAGCCGCCGCGGAGUACCCGGUGGAGACCGAGCCUGUUGAUGCCCCCCUGGAGGUGGAGUCGGGACCGCGUCAGGACUACAUCGUGCCCAAGUCUGAGCGCUCCUCCAGCGGGUCUGUCAAGGACAUGGCCUCGAGGUUCGAGGCCAAGGCCAAGGAGGAGUACUCGUCGCGGCGCCUCUCGGGCGCGUCGUCUGCUGCGGACGAAGAGAAGGGCGCUACUGAGGUCCGGACCGAGGCGCCGCCGCCCUCGCCGGUGCAGGAUGUGCUCGGCUCGACCGUGCUCGGCGCGACCCUCGGCUACCUCGGGGGGCUUCUCUCCCCGCGCGAGGAGGCGCCGGCGGCGGAGGAGGAGCCGGCUGCCGAGAUCCCCGAUGGUGCCGUGGAAGGUGCGAUCAACAAGCUGGAGGAGACCACCAAGAUCGACCUCGACGGCGACGGCCAGGUUGGAGCUGCCGACAUUGCGGAAACGGUGCCGGCCACCCCGCAGAAGGUCGACUACGACUCUGAGGCAUCGCACGAGACGUCGCCGGCCUCCACGACCACCGGCUCGGCUGCGCUUGUGCCCGCUGCGGACGGCCUUGUUGGCUCGGAGCCGGAGGCGCAGCCGACCUUCUACGAGAAGGUCACGGCCUAUCUUUCGCCGCGCAAGGAGGCGACUUACGACGGUGCUACCGCCGAGGCGGAGGCGCCCGCGACGCCAGCCGCGCCCGCGGCCGAGGACGAGCGCCACUCUUUCUCUGGGCUGCUGUGCAAGUCGGUCUCCACUCUCCGCUGCACUCCAGGCCGCGCCUCCACCGCUUCCGUCGAGGCCGACAGCGACGCCCAGUAG